CGCUCCCUUCCAAUAACGGUUGCGGCGUCCACUCUCCACUGUCGUCGUCGUCGUCGUCAGUCACGUUCGCGUAUUCAGUUCGGUUCUACAAGGCGCGGCACGAGGAACUGCCUGCGCUGCGCUGCCAAAGGGCGAUGAUAAUGGUGUGCACCGAUCGGUUUAAAUUUAAUCAGUAAAAGUAUCCCCCAGUGUGCCUGUGCCUGUGUGUGCGUGUAGUAGAGAGAUGGUUGUUUCUUCCUUUCCAGACCUUCGUCCUGGUUUGUGUCCAGCCUCGUUCGUUCCCUGUGUAGCACAUACCAAAGACCACGCCCGCCAAACAGUGAAAGCAUGUCGGGCGAAACGCACCACUCAGCGGCGGCGGAGGAGAACAAGGUCCGGUACCGGCGGACGCAGAGUGUAACGCGGGCGGAAGAGAUCACCAAAAAGGAAUCGGAACAGCGCAAAUCACAGCCGGACAAACCAUGUCACCGACCACGGGAUUCGCUGUUCUCGUGGAGUUCCGGCUUCGACAACUUCACCGGUCUAGUCAAUUGGGGCUUUCUGCUGCUCACGAUGGGAGGCAUACGGCUGGUGCUCGAGAACUUUAUCAAAUACGGUAUCCGCGUCGAUCCGGUGCAGUGGUUCACGGUGCUCACCGGCAAAGGUGAAGGUGAAGGUUAUCCCUCGGUGUUGCUGAUCAGCUACUCCCUGGUGCCCGUCAUGAUUUGCCUGAUGAUGGAGCGUGCGCUGGCGAGCGACAUCAUACCCGAAAGUGCCGGAAUGGCUGUACACAUCGUCAACAUUAUCGUGCUCGUGCUAAUCCCGAUGGUUGUGAUACACGUGAAGGGACACAUAUUUAGCUUAGUGGGAGCUAUGACGGUAUGCUUCAUCUAUUGCAUACUGUUCCUGAAGCUUUGGAGCUACGUGCAGGUGAAUCUGUGGUGUCGCGCGGAAAAGAAACAGCACCGACACAGUCGCUCCGGCCGGCGACAAAGCAUAACGAUAGCGCAAUUGCAGAAUGGAAGGGAACAGGAAGCGGAACGUACGGCCAACGGUAGCGCGACCGGUUACUGCAACGAUAAGGACAAAGUACCGGCCCUGGUACACUAUCCGGACAAUCUGCAUCCGGUCGAUCUGUUCUACUUCCUGCUGGCGCCGACCCUCUGCUACGAGCUGAACUUCCCCAAGACGAACCGCAUUCGGAAGCGGUUCCUGAUCAAACGCAUGCUGGAGGUGGUGAUCGGGGUGCACAUCGUGAUGGGUCUGUUCCAGCAGUGGAUGAUCCCGUCGGUGCGCAACUCGCUGGUGCCGUUUUCCAACAUGGAUCUUACAAAGACGGCCGAACGUUUGCUAAAGCUGGCGAUUCCAAACCAUCUGAUGUGGCUGUGCUUCUUCUACCUGACGUUCCACUCGUUCCUAAAUCUGAUGGGCGAGCUGCUACACUUUGCCGACCGGAACUUUUACAGCGACUGGUGGAACGCGAACAACAUUGACACGUUCUGGCGCACGUGGAACAUGCCCGUGCACAAGUGGUGCGUUCGCCAUCUGUACAUCCCAGUGGUGGAGCUCGGCUACUCCAAGGUGGCCGCCUCGGUGAUCGUGUUCUUCUUCAGCGCCUUCUUCCACGAGUAUCUCGUCAGCGUGCCGCUGAAAACGUUCAAGGUGUGGGCAUUCACCGGGAUGAUGGCGCAGAUUCCGCUCUCGUUCGUUGCCAAGUACAUGGAGACGAACUACGGACCCCGGUGGGGCAAUAUGCUCGUGUGGGCCUCGAUUAUUCUGGGCCAACCGUUGGCCAUCAUGAUGUACUAUCACGACUUUGUCAUCACCAACUACAACGAUGUGCUGGUGUGAGAGGGGAUACACUUUUUGACCACACCAAAAGUGCCAAAAAGAGAGAGGAAGAGAGAGAGGGAGGGAGAAUGCGAACAUUCCACAAUACACACAUCACGUAAUCUACAUUCACACACACAGACUGCUGUCCAUCAUCGUUCCACGGCUCGUUGCCGAAGAUCGCCAAUUUGUACAUCUUUUUGAUAAAGCCGUUUUUGUACAGGUUAAUGUUUUCUUUUGUCUUUUUUUUAAUAAUAAAAAAAGUAUUUUGUUCUUUCCGUCACUUUUGUACGAGACAAUAA